AUGGCUGUUUGCGAGACUAUGUCCACAGAAUCAGAGUGGUGGAGUCCGCAGAAUUUGGUGAUUGGUGGUUCGUCCGGCCAGAACACCUGUUACGAGCGGACGGGGGUCAGUCCGGAGAGCCAGUACGACGCCAGGUUGUAUCCGCGACUACCGUCCUACACCACCUCCUACCAGGCUGACCCCAACCUCGACCCAACGACGACCUUCUACGCCCCCGCUCUAAAUUCAAGUUAUGGUAUGAAAGAGAGUCCCGAUCCUUGGAGGAGCAUCUCAUCUUCAGCAUCCUAUUACUACGACCCCACACUAGCUGCUUACGGGUACGGCGGUCUGGACUUCAAUGGAGCUCGGCGAAAGAACGUGACCCGGGACUCCACCAGCACCCUGAAAGCCUGGCUAAAUGAGCACAGGAAGAACCCUUAUCCCACCAAGGGAGAGAAGAUCAUGCUGGCCAUCAUCACCAAGAUGACGCUCACGCAGGUCUCAACUUGGUUCGCGAACGCCCGUCGCCGCCUGAAAAAGGAGAACAAGAUGACGUGGGAGCCGCGCAACAAAGCCGAAUCCCACGACGACGACUCGGGCAAGGAGAGGGACACUGACAAAGAGCCCGACGCCGAACAGCCCGCCGCGGGAUUCCGGGAGGAGAGUUGCGGCGAGAAGGCGGACCCUCUCCGGGGGAUGCAGGGGUCCGCUUCUUCCUUGGCCGACGGAUCAGACAUGGAGCUGAAUGCACACCACCAUCGCUCCGACCCUUUCUGCUCGUCCGUAGGUAGCAGCACCCCACAACAACAGCAGCUGCACCCUCAGCAGCACUUCGAGGACUCUUCUCACCCGGAACUGCUGUCCGCCACGUCCUCCACCACCAACAGUGGCUACACUCCGUCCGUCUCUUCGCAGAGCUCCUCGCCGGACAUCGAGGCGUACCACAUGCCGCACCACCACCACCGUCCGGGCAAGGAGUCCGGCAACGCGUCCUGCUUCGGGGAACCACACCACCACCACCUCUACAAGCCCAAGAUCUGGUCGCUGGCGGACACGGCCACCAACAAGGCAGUGGAAACUGCACUCAUGCCCUAUGUCCACCAAGACCUGUGCUCUCCGGCCGGCGGGACGUGGCUGGGCGGAGGUGGCACCUCCAAGGGAUACGAGAAUUGCAACAGCAGCAGUCUCUCGUUCCAGAGGUUUGGUGGCUACAACUGCAGCUUACACAGCUUCAACCCGAUCUCUCUGCAGACGGACACGCCGCCCCAGACGCCCCCCAACAUGAAGGUGGGCGCCACUGCCGCAGCAGCCCCUGUGCCUUCUUCAGCCUACAUGGAGAGCGCGGCCUACGCCAUGGGGCACGCUUCCGCCCUCUGCGCCCCCACCACAGACGGAAUGCCCGACGUGCAAAUGCAAGACGACAAGAUGGAUGACUUCAGCAAUAGCCACUCCUCUGGUUUACCUCAGACCUCUACGUCCAACCAAAAUCUAAACUCGGACUGCAUCGCGGACGACUACGACGAUCCGUCACAAUACUCCGGCCAGGCCGUGCGGUAG